AUGGAACAGAAACGUGGCUGGGACACGCUCCUCAAUGCUGACACCCAGCAUUAUGCAGUGGGUUUGUUGGCCAGGGAGAUGCGCCGUGUCUCGAGCCCCUUGUGUUCCCCAGUUGCCCUCUGCCUGCUGGGGGUGCUCAUCAGGGAGAAGCCCCGCUGGGAGGUUCCCGCCAUGGCCUUCCUUGUGGAGGUGAGCCUGCUGGCCAAGAGAAUGUGCAGCCUCUCGGAAAGUCUCGUGAAGCUCCUGUGGGAUGCAGAUGUCGAGCUGGUUGAGCUGGCCUUGCCAAUAUUCCUGAAUAUGCUGCAAAACAAAGACAUCCUAACCUCCAGCCCCACCGCCCUGAAGCUGGCUGAGGCUCUGCGGCCACUCUUUGACAGUGACAACAGCCAUGUGCAGAUCCUCUCCAUUCACCUGUUCCAAGAGGUGAUGAAGUCGGUAGUGGAUGAGGGAAAGAAGGCCUUGAAGAUGCAUAUGGUCCAGAACCUGCUACCACUCUUCCUCUACUGGCAUGAUGAGAACCAGCAAGUGGCACAGACCUCUCGGGAAGCGCUGCUUUGUGUAGCCAAAUUUCUGAAGAGGAAGGAUCUCGAGCAGCUGCUGAAGACAGAGCAGCCAUUGAAAUUUGGCGAGUGCAUGCUGGAAAAGGACAGGAACCGAGUGGCCAACUACCUACGCCAGGCCCUACCGUACCUGGAGAGCCCAGACGAGCCUGUGCGAGAGGCGGCCAUCAAGUUCAUAGGUGAGCCACAAGGUCCCUGCCCGCCCCGCUGCAGCUCGGCUCCA